AUGAUUCUGCAGCAAUUUCGAAUGAAUGCCGAGCAGCCGACCGUUUCGAAGCCUCCCAGCCUGACCAUAGCCCCUCUGGGACGCAUUGUCGGCCUGGAGAAGGUGAUUAUGUGGGGCGAGAUUGAGGAGCAGUCAUCGUACACCCUCCAGAAGCAGAUUGAUCAUCUCGUGAGCAAAUACGGCUAUAGGGGAGAACACCGCUUAAGGGGAUGCAAUUUGGAUCACGCCUGGGGCUAUCUGUCGAAUACUCCCUGCGUCCUACUAAAGCUGAACCUUGCCCUCAACUUUGAGGCCGAUACCUACAGCGAACGCCGCUCCCUGCCCGAUGCGGCGCCCUCGGCUUUGCGCCACUAUAUGAUGGAGACCGCACCCGAGAGACGCUCGAAUAAGAUUUGGGCAUCUUGCGAUUUCGUGACCAAGAAUGUAGAGACGACACUCUCGUUUGUCCCCGAAAUGUACUACGAUGCCGAUGGCCUGUUCACCAGAGAAAACUUUUAUGUCGAUCCAGAUACCCCGGAAAAUGAGACUGAGCGGGUUACCCAUGAGGAGCCAGGCUUUCGUCGGGUCAUUGGGGUAAAGUUUCACAAUCUUCCGCCGAAUAAGCAUGUCCACGUCACGUGCUCUGUGUGGGCUAGGAACAUCCCAUUGGACUAUGCCACCGUGAAGUUUGUGAUGUACAGAGUGGAUCCGAACGCCCACAUUGAAACACUUGACGUUCUAUACGAUGAAAUAGACAUGCAUGAUAAUUGAUUGAUAGUAGGCAUACAUAUAUGCUGCCUGCCAUACACGUUCUAUCUAUAAAUUCAUAUUUAAGA